UCAGAAGAAAUGUGUUUUGUUUCAAUUAAUCAGAUGUGAAUGUCGGACCACCAGGACGGCGCAUGCGCGAGAUUUCUGUAUAUUUUUCGGAAUUAUAUAUUGAGUCGGAGUUAGCGGUCUAGUUAUACUAUAGAAGUCUGUGCGGCUGACGCAGAUCGCGAGAGAAUUGAACGCAUGCAAUCGGGUCUAUUUUCGUGCCACGCGGGAAGGAAAGAAGGAAGGAAUCUUCGAAUUUAUGCGCGCAACGAGUCCUCGUGAUCGAUGUGAUCGUGCUGCUCACGUGCGUGAGUGAGUCACAAGUGCCGAGAGGGAGUCCCCCGACGAAGAUCAAUCCAACUGCGCAUCUGGAGAAGCGUAACUCGUGACUGUUCUCCCGCUCCUCCCCUCUCGUCCUGGUUCCUGCCUCUGACAGUUCAUGGAGUAUAUACAUCGCCGAUUUGCCGAUAACAGCUGAUAUCAAUGUCGAGAUAGGCUGCCGGGGAAAGGAAAGAUUUCUGCAGAAACGUAAAAAAAUAAAUAGCAUUCGAUUGACGAAGAAAUAUCGAGGAUCGAGGGUGACAGCGAAAAUAUGCUGAAGCCGAAGGCUCUCACGCAGGUUCUCAGUCAAGCGAACACCGGAGGUGUGGAGAACACUUUAUUGCUCAACAGAGAUGGAGGAUUGCUGGCUUAUAGCGGUUAUGGAGACAAGGAUGCUAGAGUGACAGCUGCCAUCACGAGUAACAUUUGGACUGUUUACGAGAAGAACGGGAGGAACGCCUUUAAAGAGGACGAGCUGCAGUUUGUUCUGAUGGAUUGCAUGGAAGGGAAGGUUGUUAUUACAGAGGUAGCCAACUUGUUGUUAUGUUUGUACGCAAAGGAAAAUGUAGGAUUUGGUCUGUUGCGGGAGAAGGCACAGGCGUUAGCUCAAUAUCUUGAUCAACCCUUGAAGACAAUAGCAAGUAUGCCCUGAGGGAGUCUUAUAUACGAUCUGUUUCUGAGGAAAUCAAUGUAUUAUAAUGCAUUAUGCUUAUUCUGUACUAUUUAUUUGUCAUUUGUAAGAACUUGCGAUUUGUACGAAUACUGUAUGCACAUGUUUAAAUAUAUUUUUUAUUAAUUUUAAAUCGUGCGUGCGUGCGUGUGUGCGUUAUCGUCUUGAUAUGUGUAUGUGUACAAUCGAGUGACAGAGGGUAAGUGAGAAGAUAAAGCAGAAGGAUGCAUGUGUAUAACUUUAAUAAUACAAUAAAUCUUUUAUUCUUCA